AGAGAGAACCCGGAAGCGCAGCCCAGUCCCGGAAGGCGAGGUGCUGACACACUUCCGGCCUUUGUGACUCAUUGUGUCUGUGUCGAGGCGUCGGGAGGGCCUAGGUCCGUGUGCAGCGCACUUCUGCCGGCCUGAGCCCCAGAGUCAGCUCCCCUUUCUCGCCCAGCGCCCCCAGGCCGCUCCCGGGGCUCACGGAACAGCACCGAAACAUUUCAGCAAACAUCUCGUAAGCCAGGAAGGAGAGCCCCGACCCUAUUUGGAUCAAGUCUGCCCCCGAGCCUGAAUGAUGACUGCAGAGUCAAGGGAAGCCACAGGUCUGUCCCCUCAGGCUGCCCAGGAGAAGGAUGGGAUCGUAAUAGUGAAGGUAGAAGAGGAAGAUGAAGAAGACCACAUGUGGGGGCAGGAUUCCAGCCUGCAGGAGACGCCUCCUCCUGACCCAGAGAUUUUCCGCCAACGGUUCAGGCACUUCUGUUACCAGAACACGUUUGGGCCUCGAGAGGCUCUGAGUCGACUGAAGGAACUUUGUCAUCAGUGGCUACGACCGGAGAUCAACACCAAGGAGCAGAUCCUGGAGCUGCUGGUGCUGGAGCAGUUCCUUUCCAUCCUGCCCAAGGAGCUCCAAGUCUGGCUGCAGGAAUACCGUCCCGAUAGUGGGGAGGAGGCCGUGACCCUUCUGGAAGAUUUGGAGCUUGAUCUAUCAGGACAGCAGGUCCCAGGUCAAGUUCACGGACCUGAAAUGCUCGCAAGGGGGAUGGUGCCUCUGGAUCCAGUGCAGGAGUCCUCAAGCUUUGACCUUCAUCAUGAGGCCACCCAGUCCCAUUUCAAGCAUUCAUCUCGGAAACCUCGCCUCUUACAGUCACGCGCUCUCCCUGCCACCCAUGUUCCUGCCCCUCAUCACGAGGGGAGUCCCAGAGACCAGGCGAUGGCAUCUGCACUAUUCACGGCAGAUUCCCAGGCAAUGGUGAAGAUCGAGGACAUGGCCGUGUCCCUCAUCCUGGAGGAAUGGGGAUGUCAGAACCUGGCUCGGAGGAAUCUCAAUAGGGACAACAGGCAGGAGAAUUAUGGGAACGUGUUUUCCCAGGGUUGUGAAAACAGGAAUGAGAAUGAGGAGUCAACCUCAAAGGCUGAAAUUGCAGAAGACUCAGUGUCACGGGGGGAGACAACAGGAAGAUUCCAGAAAGAUUUUGGAGAAAAACGUGAACAGCAGGGCAGAACAGUAGAAAGGCAGCAGAGAAACCCUGAGGAAAAAACUGGAAGAGAAAAGAGAGAUUCGGGGCCAGCUACAGUCAAGGAAAAAAAACCCACCGCGGGAGAGAGAGGUCCAAGGGAGAAGGGUAAGGGUUUGGGAAGAAGCUUCAGUCUGAGUUCAAACUUUAACGCCCCUGAAGAAGCUCCAACGGGAGCGAAGUCCCACAGAUGUGAUGAAUGUGGGAAAUGCUUCACAAGGAGUUCAAGCCUUAUUCGCCAUAAAAUAAUCCACACUGGAGAGAAGCCCUAUGAAUGUAGUGAGUGUGGGAAAGCCUUCAGUCUUAACUCAAACCUGGUCCUGCAUCAGAGAAUCCACACAGGAGAGAAACCUCAUGAAUGUAACGAGUGUGGCAAAGCCUUCAGUCACAGUUCGAAUCUCAUUCUCCAUCAGCGGAUCCACUCUGGAGAGAAACCCUAUGAAUGUAACGAGUGUGGGAAGGCCUUCAGCCAGAGCUCAGACCUUACUAAACAUCAGAGGAUCCACACGGGGGAGAAACCCUAUGAAUGUAGUGAAUGCGGAAAAGCUUUCAACCGAAACUCAUACCUUAUUUUGCAUCGGAGGAUUCACACCCGAGAAAAGCCCUAUAAGUGCACUAAGUGCGGCAAGGCCUUCACCCGGAGCUCGACCCUCACUCUGCAUCACAGGAUCCACACCAGAGAGCGGGCCUCCGAGUACAGCCCCGCCUCCCUCGAUGCCUUUGGCGCAUUCCUGAAAAGCUGUGUGUAAAGCGAGGAGAAUUCGUCAACAAGCCAUUUCCCCCUUUUGUUUCCAAAAUUACUUCAGAGAUGUGUGCCCACAGAGGGGAAAAAAAGAGGGCCUCAACGGAUUAAAAGGAAAAAAAAAUCACACUUCAGGAUCCUUGUAGUUCCAUCAGCAGUGUUCCGCCUUUGCAUCGUCUCUGGGCAUGUAAUCCUUCCAUACGGCCCCUGCAGGGAAAAGCUCGUCCUAUGGAGAAUCCACACGGUAUUUCCGUACAAGAUCAAAGCACACAUACAGUCAAAUGUCAAGCUUUUCAGUAACGAGGAUACCUUUAAGGCGCUCUCGGACUCAGCAACCACAACAUAGAAUUGAAAGAUCAAGAUUGGCUCCGUGAAGGCGAUACUGGGGUUUUAGCUGCUUGCCGCAAACAAGCCCUACUUGGCCAACAUCUUGCUCUACCUUAUUUCUCAAAAGCAAGGAACCGUUAAAACAAACUGCAUCGGGACAUGCUGCUGAAACUAGUUAUAUAUACG